UCAGUAUUUAUUGUUUGAAAUUUGUUAUUAGUCUGUGGUCAUCAUAUUUUGAUUGUGAGCAAAAAUAAAAACGCUAUUUUAUCGAAGUAUGUCACGAUUUCAGCUAUAAUGGAAAAAAUUCCAGACCAACUUGGGUACUUAAUAUUAACUGAAGACGGAGCAGUCCUGGAGUCAGGUGGUGAGCUGGAGAACGACGAACGUGUUGCAACCAUCAUAACGGAUCUUAUCAGCAUAUCCAAUAGCAUUGAUCCUGUGGCUUUCGGUCCUGAUGAAAAGUUCAAAAAAAUAACUAUAACUUAUGAUGACCACUGGUAUAUAAUAUGCAUAUCCAAUAAGAAAAUAUAUGUCGUAAAAAGAAGCAUACUCACAUCUUCAUCUGAGAGUAUUGCCGUGAAUGUGUGAACUUAAAACUUAAAUCAAAAUGGGCCGAAAUUUAU